AUGACGAUAGCACGAUUUGCUAGCGACUCUAUUUGCAGCAAACACUUGUUGAAUGAAGCCAUCUCUUCAAAUAUAGAGGCAGUAAGUAAGAAUGUCACGGAAGCAGUUUCCACAAAGAACGUUCAAAGGAAAGAAAUGCAAGUUAGAAAGCGGCUUCUAAGCAAUCCGCACCAUAAGCUUGACGAACUUUGCAGUGAGCUAGAUCAAACAUGCUUUGUCAUCAUGGAUCGAGUAGAAGAACUUAACGGCAAAUUAAUAGCUUAUCGUUCACUGCGUCGUAAAGGUCCAGAAGGAGUUUUGACGCUAUCGGACGCCAGAAUUCUGCCUCCUUCACGUGAGUACUUAUUUUACAAGCAAUAUCAAACUGCCCAAGGGAGUCUAGUAGUCCACAUUUCAGCCUUGACUUGGGAAAACUUCAACACAAAAACGUGGAAAAUUGACAAAAGUACAAUACGACUGGAGUAUGCACGUUUGAUGGUCGUUGGAGCAUUCUUCAGUGGCGCGUUGGAUUUCAAUUCAACGGAAAAGCAAGAUGUUCUUUUGAUAGGGCUGGGAGGCGGCAUUAUAAACAAUUACUUCACAACAAUGCCAAAUCAUACGAUAGCCGUCACCGUUGUUGAUAUUGAUCCAGUGAUGAAGCGGAUCGCAGAAAAAUGGUACGACUUUCAAGAAUCACCGAAUCACCAAAUCGUUAUUGAGGAUGGCGUCAGAUUCGUCCGUGAAGCUGCAAAAAAAGGUUCCCUCUUAACAAUAUGA